AUGAACAGUCUUAAGACUUGUCUACAAUCAAUUCGACUCCGAUACCCCUUCUCCGCGCCUUACCGUACGCUCACCAACCCGUUCGCUCUAGCCGUUCACCCAACCUCCAUUCGACGUACUAUGGCUUCCGCAAUGGCAAAGCGCCUAGAGGGCAAGACAAUCCUUGUGACCGGUGCCUCCUCUGGCAUCGGAAAGAGCACUGCAAAGGAGUUUGCACGCACGUCGCCGAAAAGCCUGAAGCUGAUCCUUACCGCGCGCCGCAUUGACACCUUGAAGGAAGUUGCGGCGGAGAUCAAGGCGGAGGUGGGCGAUGGUGUCCAGGUGCUUCCCGUGAAGCUGGAUGUCAGCAAUCCGGAGGAGAUCAAGAAUUUUGUUCCCUCGCUGCCGGAGGAGUUCAAGGACAUUGAUGUCCUGGUCAACAAUGCUGGUCUCGUGAAGGGCGUUGCUCAGGCACCCAAUAUCGAGACCGAGGAUAUUAAUGUGAUGUUCAACACCAACGUCACUGGUCUGAUCCACAUGACCCAGGCUAUCCUUCCUAUUUUCAAGAGCCGAUCGGAGGGCGGCCGUGGUGAUAUCAUCAACAUUGGCAGUAUCGCCGGUCGCGAGCCUUACCCCGGUGGUGGCAUUUACUGUGCUACCAAGGCUGCGGUGCGAUCCUUCACAGACUCUCUUCGAAGAGAGCUCAUUGCGACCAGAAUCCGUGUCAUUGAGAUCGACCCCGGUCAGGUUGAGACGGAAUUCUCUGUUGUUCGAUUUUAUGGAGAUAAGUCCAAGGCUGAUGCCGUGUACAAGGGCGUCGAGCCAUUGACUGGAGAUGAUAUUGCCGAGGUUGUAGUCUUCGCCGCUGGCCGAAGGGAGAAUGUCGUAAUUGCUGACACAUUAGUCUACCCUAGCCACCAGGCGGGUGCUGGUGCCAUGCACCGCAAAUCAUAA